AGCUUUCAAUUGUAAUAUAAUCGCCGCCCCCUACAGGUUAGCUUCCAGAGUGAAAGGUUCAGGUGAGGGGGAGCAGGGACUGACAGAGAUUGGAUUCUCUCCUGCUCGGGGCACAAUCAGUUUGCUGGUUUAAUCGUUAACCCGAAAACUGAACCCUGUGGGCCGGUUACAGCGUUUUAUGGAGUUGAUAUGAACUUUACAGGGGAGUCUUUUUUUCAACUUUUAAGCAGUUUCUUCCAUCUUUGGUGAACUCGGCUCACCAUUUGCUGUAGUUUGUGGAACCGGAAUAACCAGUUUAUUCCCUGCUUUUUUAACCGCCUGGUUUCAGUUUGCCAGCAAGACGCUGCUGAUGAAAGAUUUGAUGUGAAGACCUGGGAACAAAUGAAACAGCAGAAUGUCUGAUGUUAAUAAAGUUCCAAGAGGUUCUGAUAGAAAUCGACCUUCAAAUAGACCUCAUCGGGAAAAAAGAUAUCAAGACCACACGAGUUCCGAGAACAAUCAUUCUGGCAAACGUAGCAGAGAAGAUCGUCGAGAUUACAGGGAGUCUCACCAAAGCAAACCCAAUUCUUCCCGACAACCGUACUCUCCAAGCGAAAGUAAACAUGAUUCACGAGAAGAAUACUCCCAACCUCCUGGUUCUAGAGUACCACCAUCUCACCCAAACAGUCGGCCAUCUUCUUCCUCACCACCUUAUUACAGCUCACCAUCACUAACGAACACUCCUCCUCCUCCUCCCAAAGAAUCGUUUGGGACAAAGUGCUCCUACAUGUGCUCAAGAAGAGGGUUGUUGCAGAUCUUUGAAAUCAUUCUGAACCUGGUGGUGCUGAUCUGUGCUGCAGCAACCCAGAGUGCCUCUGCUGGCUUCGACAGCAUCGGAGGCUUCGGGAGUACUUACUAUUACAACAUGGGCUAUGCUAACAGCGGAUUUCUAAAUCACGAAGUGCAGCAGAUCGGCGAGCUAGAUGUUCAGUACAACAGGAUGAAGUCGGCCACUGUGUACUGUGCAGUAGGGCUCAGUGUCAUUCUGUUUGCUUUUGCCGUGGCCUUUCUUGUUGCCGGAUGCAUAAUGCAACACAACAGGUCCUCUGUGCAGGACAGCACAGUCUUGAACUUCCUGAUCAUGGAGUGUGUGGUGAAGGCUCUCGCAGCUGUGGUCUAUCUUAUUGGAGUGGCAUUAUACCUUCACUUCAUUCAUAAAAUUAAUGCCACUGACACAUGCAAGCAGAGGGAGUCACUCUACAAUAGACAUGGCUACAGCUCGGUGAAAUGUGCCAUACUGGGCACCGAAGUUGCCGUUUCCAUCUUUGCUGUCAUGCUGAUCAUUGUGUACGUUGCCGAAGUGGUACUCGGAGUUCUGGCUUACCGAAAGGUGCACGCAGCGCAACCAGAAUACACCAAACCUCUGGGCACCUCUGUCGGGCAUCCUGCUACAUCCCCUGAGUUGGCACCAAUUCAAUCCCAGUUAUCAUACAUAUAAACUUGAGCUUAAGCAUGUAUACCACUGUGGAUGCUGAACAUCUGAAACAAAAACAGUGUGUGUGCUGGCAAUACGCAGCAGGUCUGAUAGCAUCUGCAGAGAGAGAAAGACACAAUUGACAUAUUGAGACCAAUGACCCUUCAAAGAUAGCUGGGGAAGGGCCGAAUUUACCCUGAUGUCAGAGUAGAGCUGGGGGUAAGAGGUUAAAGGUAAAGUCACCCUAGCUGCUUUCUCUAAUCGAAGAGAGUCGAACGGAGAUGGCUUAACCUGAGGGUCACCCUGCCUCCGGCGAGGAGAGACAUUGAACAGGAGUCCUUUACAGUGACCUCAGCUGAUGUGGGAAUUGAACCCAUACUGUUGGCAUCUUUCAGCAUUACAAACCAGUUGUCCAUCCAGUUGAGCUGAUAGAAUACCUAAUGUCCAGAGAGAGUGAGAGAGAAAAGGGAUAGGCAGUCCAGGUGAUUGCUGCUGAGACAGAGAAAGUAUGGCCAGGUAUUAAAUCUCUGUUUUGCCUAUCCCUUUUUCUCUUUAGGUACUCUCUCUAUGUACUCUACUCAGUGCAUCCACACCAUCAUUGAUGUAAAAUUCAGCCUCCCCCAACUAUCUUUGGUGGUUCAACUCGAAAUAUUUUCUCUCUACAACUAUUGCCAGACCUGCUGUUAUUAACUGAAAUGUCCUGUCCAAAUGUUGCCAUGGUACCUUUAAUAAUACACACAGCAAGAUACAUUUGCCUGAUUUUUUAGGUCUCCGGAUCUAUGACUGGUUUUAGAAACAAAAGCUGCCAAAUCUUGCCAGUCUUGGGGUUAAAGCAUACUGUAUAACAUUGAUGCAAAAUUUGUGUAAUAAUUUUUGUGAAUGAAUAGCUAAACCUUUGUGCAUUCAGAAACUGUGGGUCUGAAUUCCUGUUAUGGAGAACACAAUUGCAACCUGACUCUUAUGCUUCCACUCAGCUUCUUUAUAGAACCACUACUCCUUAUGCUGCUGAAGAGUAUUUAAAUAGAAGGACAGUAACAUUCUAUCUUAUUGUGUACAUGGGCAGGAGUGGGCUGGAAACAUAGGGGGCAGGGAAGAAAGUGUAAUGCGAUUUUGCAGCUUUUUCUCUAAACAAGAGUGUCAGAUUUACACAAUGGGCCAAGUUCAACCUCCUGGUUUUUACCAUUGCCACAAUUAGCAGAAAUUAGAAAUUAAUGUGCGUUUUCAUGUGUUUUGUUUUGGGCAAGACAGUGGGUUUUGUGCCUACCCCAUUCUCAAAGCACCCUCUUCC